GGACGCGAACAUCGUCAGCGUGGUGGCCGCGGUGCUGCUGCUGUCUGCCUCCGCCAAGAACAUCCCGUCGUUCGCGGGUCCGUACAUAAUGACCAUCAAGCGGUUCCUCAUCUGCUCCGAAAACGACACUUCGUGGGGGCAGAACAGCAGCAGCCUGCGGUUCGGCCACUUCAACCCCGCCAAGCCGUACGCGCCGCAAAUCGUCACCGGCACCUUCGUGGUCCCCUUCGACUUGGACGACAGCUUCUGGGUCACCGUGAGAGUGGCCAAGCGCGCCAACAACCAGUGGAAGAAGAACUACUUCGUGUUAAACCGCUUCCCCGUGGGUUUUUGCUCCACGGUAAGAUCGAACAUCCCCGACUGCUUCGCCAAACUCUUCAAGCCCAAGAGCAUGACGGGGCACUGCAGCAUUCCCAAGGGUGCGUACUCCUUUGACCACGAGCCCAUCCACUGGAGCCUGGCCAACUACCCGACGGUGCCCUACGGGAGCUACUUCCUGAGUCUGAAGGGACAGCAGAUCGUCGACGGCGUCGCCGGCAACACGUUCCAACUCUGCACCGAGGGCGACAUUACGCCGCAGCCCUAGCGACGCGUAGCGACGCCCAACACGACUGGGUCGCUCGAGCCAACCACUUGCGGAGGGGAGCAAGUCUCCUCACACUCGUGUAAAUUUCGUCGAAUGUCUGAAACAUGUCUGUAAUCCUAAUCAAAAUUCACGCACCUCUGAAAGCUGAAAUUUUGAAAUAUUAUGCUGAUAUUGAUGGCCUGGGCUCUGCAGAAUGUCAGAAUAUGUUUUCAGCUUUCAGAGGCGCCCAAGACCUGGUUUUCAAACAGUUUCUGACAUUCUGAUAAGAUUUAUACGAGUGUCACUUGGUAGUGCAGAGUUCGCAGUCCCCACACUUCAAGUGUGGACUGCUCAACGUUUGCACCAUGUCAAGUGAUAGAAGCUCUGAGAUCUGCUCUGCACUCGGAGUGAGGAGACUGCAAACUCCACACGGUUCAAGUGUGGAGAAUUGCUCGCUGUUCCAGGAAGUGCUCUGAACUGGGUUUGACAGUGUGCAGCUGUUGUAAACAGAAGCAAAAGCUGAAUUUCAUAAUCGUCGCUCUCUCGCCAGUCCCACGCGAGCGCGCGUGAUUCCGUCACGACUAGUCACGACC